GGAAAUAUGAGGCACAACGUUCCUCCGACAUCUCUCGAGUUGUUUCGAAGUGCCUCAGUAUUUGCACAUCGCUGCUUCUCGCAGUAUUCUGAUGGUACAGACGGGAUCGAGUGGAAACAACGAUAUCUUCAAGAACGCCGGGACACGGCAUUAGAGUUUCUCGGGGAUGUAAAAAAGAGGGUCCCAAUUCACGAAGCUAUUCGGCAGCGGGCGAGCAUAAAUCGAACGGCUUCAGGCAGUAUUCACUGUCCCACCUUGUUCGAUGAAUCGUACAACAGUAACACUAAUGACAAUUUCCACGACGGCGGCAGCUGUACCAAAUUAAUCGAUGAGCUGCUUGAUGAUCUUUCACAAGACGAGAACGCUGUUGACAGAUUGCAGCACGUCGACUUUGAUGCUCUGCCACUUCUCGAGCACGAGCUCCUCGGCGACGAUGCGCCUGACGAAGCAACGCUGCGCAAUUGGUUGCGGUUGAAGCGCGAAACAGCGGAUUACCAAAGCUACGCAUCCAUUCCAGAAAGCGAACGAACGGCUUGGUCUGCAUGGUAUUUGCGCCACAUCAAAGGGAAAGAGGAGAACUGA